GCCCCCAGCGCUGCGGGCCCGCUAUGGCGGCGGCGGGGCCGGCUCGGGCGCGGGCGCUGCUGCAGCAGAGCCUGUCCGCCCGCCUGCAGGUGCGGCCGCCCGAGCGCGGCGCCGAGGCCCAGUGGGUGGAGAUCCAGAGAGGGCUUGUUAUCUACAUAUGCUUCUUCAAAGGUGCUGAUGAGGAUCUCGUUCCAAAAAUCGUCAAUAUGCUGUUGAAUGUUAAAUUAAGUGAAAAUGAAAACGGCGAGUUUGUUUCUGUUCUUGAUUUACCGGGCGAUGUACUUAUCAUACCCCAAGCUACCCUAGGCGGUAAACCAAAGGGAAGAAAGAUGCAGUACCAUGCAAACAUUGAAAAAGAAAAAGGAUUGGAACUUUAUUCUCAGUUCGUGACUUUGUGCGAAAAAGAACUGGCUGCCAAUGCCAAAUGCGUGGAAGCAGGUGUUCAUGUCAAGCAUGGCACGUACGGGAACAGGCAGGUGUUAAAGCUGGAUACAAAUGGACCUUACACUCAUCUGAUUGAAUUUUGAAAAAAUAAAUUACAUCUCAGAUAC